GCUAUCUAUCUCAUUCUGUCUCACUCUCACGCUCACUCUCACUCUCACUCUCACCCUCGCGAUUUUCAUCUCCACAGCCUACACCACUGAUCGACUCUCUCUCUCGUCGCAAGAUGGACUAAUCGACCGAUCAACGGAUCGACCUCAUCGCACACCUCACAGUCUCUCACUCUCUGGUUUUGCAUCUACACCGAUCGACCUCACAAGUAAAGCUGGUGUGGUGCAUAUUCGAAAAUGUGUAAGGCAGCUAUAGAUGUUCCAAUGAAGGGUGGGUUUAGCUUCGACCUUUGUAGAAGGAAUGAAAUGCUCAUAAAGAAAGGCCUUCAAUCUCCGUCUUUUCUCAAGACCGGCACUACUAUCGUCGGACUUAUUUUCCAGGAUGGGGUCAUCCUUGGAGCGGAUACAAGAGCUACCGAAGGGCCCAUUGUUGCUGAUAAGAAUUGUGAGAAAAUCCACUUUAUGGCACCUAACAUUUAUUGCUGUGGAGCAGGGACUGCUGCUGAUACAGAGGCUGUGACAGACAUGAUCAGUUCCCAGUUGCAGCUACACAGGUAUCAUAUUGGUCGGGAAUCAAGGGUUGUGACAGCCCUUACCCUUUUGAAGUCUCAUCUUUUUAGCUACCAAGGUCAUGUCUCAGCUGCUUUAGUGCUUGGUGGAGUUAAUGUGACUGGACCACAUUUGCACACUAUCUACCCACAUGGAUCAACAGACACUCUGCCAUUUGCUACUAUGGGUUCUGGUUCCCUUGCUGCAAUGUCUGUUUUUGAAUCAAAAUACCGUGAAGGGCUAACUAGGGAUGAAGGAGUGAAGUUGGUGACCGAGGCUAUUUGCUCUGGCAUAUUCAAUGACUUGGGAAGUGGAAGCAAUGUUGAUGUUUGCGUAAUAACCAAGGGGCAAACAGAGUACCUGAGAAACCACCAGUUGCCCAAUCCUCGCACUUACAUCAAUGAAAGAGGCUAUUCAUUCCCAAAGAAGACUGACGUUUUGUUGACAAGGAUUACACCGUUGAAACAGAUGGUGGAGGUGACUGAAGCAGGAGAUGCGAUGGAAGAAUGAGUUACUGUGGUUGAACCAUGCUUGGUAUUUUGUAUUGAAUUCUUGCCAUUUAUGACACUGUUUACUCUCCUAUUGUAUCAGGUGUGACAUUAAAAAUUUAAAUGCGAUCUUUGUGGUGGUAUGGAAUCUCAUGUGAAUACUGGAGAUUUAGGAGUGGCAAUUUCUGAGAAGGAUCAUUUUGAGCCA